AUGGCCCUUGAGGACGUUCACACAGAUGUGAAUAGAGAAAUCGACCUUGCCCUUGUUGUUGCCACGUCCCCGCCCAUGAGAAGUGUGUUGAUAUUGAAGCUCUACUGCCUUGCCGAUAUCCUGCUGCAAGGAUUUGAGAUGGGUCUAGCGCCGCUGCCAUUUCUCAAGAGCAUACGAGAUGGCCAGUUCAUCGAGUCCAUUAACACACCUCCGAUCACGGCUAUGAAAGAACUAUCGGAGGCAUUUCAAGAGGAGCUCAGAGGCCUCAUAAAACUACUACCAAUGUUUCCCGAGAGUCGAUACUGCGUACUAGUGACAUUCGAGAGGACAAUUUGGAGCCUAAAAGGUACCCCAAGUAGAUGUGGACGCUUCAACGAGAAUGACUUUGUCAAUUACAUGAAUUCCUUCAAAUCAGUAGCGUUGGAAGUUCUUCAAGAGCGCGAUGAAAUCUUGGAGAGACAGGACAAGUACCGCCGCUAUAUUUACGAUGGUACAGAGGACUUUGAGCAGCGAGGCCUGUCUCAGUUGAAGGCGGGGGAGCGAUUGCCGGCCACUUUGUUUACACGUAUGCGGCAACAUUGGUUUAGUCCUAUCCGCCUGGCGACUUGGAAAACGUGGCUCAGAUUCUGGACCGACGACCCUGAAGACCAGGAGUUCAUUGAAAGAAUUCGUCGGGUGGAGCCAUAUCUGCCAGCUGUCUUCUGGUCAAUGGGACCUGAACUUGCCCGGCUUCGCAAACCCGCAGUAGGUCUCACAGACUGUGUACUUAUUUGA